AUGUCUAGUGAACACCCUAUCACUUUAUAGCAUAAGAUCACAUUCAUUUUGUUGGGAAUUGCUUCUCUUAUAGGAUGGAAUGCUAUUUUGACUGCUUUAAGUUUCUUCUCAACAUAUUAUCCUAAAGAUGAAUACGGCGGUGAUGUAUCUUUCUUAUUCCCUAUCCCUCUCUUUUUUGGUAAUUUUAUUUGGGGUUUACUAGUUCCUAAGCUUGGUGAAUUCAUUUCUCUUACUAAGCGUAUCUCUUUAUGUUUAGCUGCUAUCUGUGUAUUUAUGAUCUGCUUACCUUUAAUUACAAUUGGUCUCUAAAACAAGGCUGGCUUCGCACUUUGUUUGAUCUGUACAUUUAUUAUUGGUAGCUUCAAUAGUAUUGCACAAAACUCUUGCAUUGGUUUGGCUAGUUAAGUUGAUGGUAGUUUGACUGGUUUAUAUUGGGUUUCUACUGGUAUUAGUGGUUUAACUAUGAAUGCUGCUAAUGCAAUUACUUUAGCUUCUUUUGGUGAUUCAGAUGAUGGUUUAAAAAUUGGAACAAUUAUUUAUUUUGCUAUUGCUGUCAUCAUCACUCUUUUAGCAAUAUGGUCAUAAAUAGCAUUUGUAAAAAGCGAUUAUUACUUGGACAUCAAAAAGUAACAUGAAGAGUCUGGAUAAGAUAAUGAAGAGGACAAUACAGUUUCUGCUAUAUCAGGAGAAGAAGAAACUCCUCUUGUUGGAAAAAAGAAAUCAAUUGGAGAAUAGCUCAAGGCAUAUGGCAACAAGAUCCUCAGUGGUAUUAAGCUUGCUCGUUUUGUACCCUUUUUCAUAUACUUGAUUUAUGUUUAAACCUUCAUGCUUUUCCCUGGUGUGUCUGUUUUUAGCAAACCUUCCUAUACCUACCUUCCUGGCAGUUGGCCUACUCUAGUUAUGUUAACAACUUACAAUGUUGGUGAUAUUAUCGGAAAAUACAUUUGCAACUUCAAAUUUUAUAACAUCCCUAUUUUAUAUGGUGUUGUUAUAUCUAGAUUUGUUUUCUUUGUCACAUUUUUAAUGACUAUGCACUAACCUGACAAUUCUUUCUUUAGUAAUGAUGCUUUUGCUUACGUUAAUAUGCUUUUAUUUGCUAUAACUAAUGGUUUUUGUACAGGAGGUUUAAUGUUCUUAGGACCUACCAGAGGUAACAAUAAGAAAUAAGCUGAAUUGAUUGCUUUCAUUAACUCUUUCAGCUUGACUUUUGGUAUAGCAUGUGGAUCUUUCCUAGCUCCAACUCUUUCUGGUUGA